AUGGUACCAGCCAAUGAAUCUCAAACAUCUCCAAACACCUUCUUUCUCAUGGGCAUCCCAGGACUGGAGCACCUGCAUGUCUGGAUCGGGAUUCCCUUCUGCUCCAUGUACAUAGUGGCUGUGGUGGGAAAUGUGACCAUCCUGGCAGUGGUGAGGGCAGAGCGAAGCCUUCAUGAGCCCAUGUUCCUCUUCCUGUGCAUGCUGUCGGUCACUGACCUGGUCCUCUCCACAUCUACACUCCCCCGCAUGCUCUGUCUCUUCUGGCUUGGAGCCCAUGACAUUGCCUUUGAUGCCUGCUUGGCCCAAAUGUUCUUCAUCCACAGCUUUACUGCCAUGGAAUCAGGCUUCUUUUUGGCCAUGGCCAUUGACCGUUAUGUGGCCAUUUGUCAUCCACUGCACCAUAGCACCAUUCUCACCCAUGCUCACAUUGCCAAAAUGGGAGCUUCUGUUGUACUCCGAGGAGCGGUCUUCUUUUCUCCACAUCCCAUCCUGCUCAAACAGCUGCCCUACUGCAGGACUCGAGUCAUUGCCCACACCUACUGUGAGUUCAUGGCUGUGGUGAAGCUGGCGUGUGUGGACACAGGAGCCACCAAACGUUACAGCCUCAGUGUGGCCUCUGUCAUUGGUUCUUGUGAUGGCCUUUUUAUUGUCAUCUCUUAUGUUCUAAUCCUCCGUGCAGUUUUUCAUCUUCCAUCACGGGAAGCAAGUCUUAAAGCACUAGGCACAUGUGGCUCUCAUGUCUGUGUCAUCCUUGUUUUCUACUCCACAGCUGUCUUCACCUUCCUCACUCACCGCUUUGGCCACAAUGUGGCUCCCAGGAUUCACAUCUUUAUUGCCAAUAUGUACCUUCUCGUCCCACCUUUUCUUAAUCCUAUUGUGUACGGUGUUAGGACCAAGAAAAUUCGAGACUAUGUUAUUAGUUUUCUAAAGGUAAAGUUUGCCUGA